AUUUGGAGUUCGCGGCAGACGACGAUAUAUUAGCUCUUCACACAGUAAAGCUGACCACUCUGUGACAGGAGUAUGUGAGCUGCAAGCAUAAACAUAUAAAAACAAAAAAGUCAGAAUGGAUGAAUCUCUACGACAUUUCAAUCCAAAUCCAAUGCUCUCCGCGAACAUUUUUUCAAAGGCAUUUUUUUGUUGGCUGAAUCCAUUGUUUAAGAAAGGGAAGAAAGAGCCAUUAAAUAAGGAUGACAUGUUCAAUGUUGCAUCUGAUGAUUCUUCAGAGAAUCUCGGUACCAAGCUUGAAAGGGAAUGGAUGAAGGAAGUGAAAAAGGAUGGCGGAAGAGGAAAACCCAGUCUUCUCAGGGCACUGAUGCGGCUGUUUGGCACCCAGUAUAUGCUUCUUGGAAUUAUAGUUUUUAUUGAGGAAUCAGUUCGUGUUGUACAGCCCUUGCUGCUAGGAGGUCUGAUUCGUUAUUUCACCCCUAGUAGUGACAUGCCCAUGUCACAAGCAUACCUGUAUGCUACAGGUGUAUCCUUGUGUGCCAUCUUAAUUGCAAUCACACAUCAUCCAUACUUCUUCUUUGUUACACGAAUGGGCAUGCAGAUGCGAGUGGCCUGCUGUUCUCUAAUGUACAAAAAGGCUUUAAAAUUGAGUAAUACCGCAUUGGGAGAGACAACAACAGGACAAAUUGUCAACCUCAUGUCAAAUGAUGUUAAUCGGUUUGACCAGGCAGUUAUUUUUCUCCACUUUCUCUGGAUUGGGCCACUUCAGGCUAUAGCAGUGCUUAUUAUACUUUGGCAUGAACUUGGACCAUCAGUACUGGCUGGGUUUACAGUCUUACUGCUGCUUAUGCCUGUUCAAGGGACCAUGGGAAAAUUGUUUUCUAAACUCAGGAGGAAAACUGCCAUCCAUACUGAUGAACGUGUGAAAGUGAUGAAUGAAAUCAUUGCUGGCAUGAGAGUCAUAAAAAUGUAUUGUUGGGAGAAGCCAUUUGGAGACCUAGUUAAAAAAUUACGCAGGCAGGAGCUUGGAAUAUUAUGGGCCCAGUUGAGAGCCAUUACAUUUCCUGUCAGCACUUGGUUUUUUGGUCCUCACCUUAUGAACUUUGCCCUUGUGGUAAGCCAUGCUGGGUCUGGUGGCACCUUCCCAGCAUCAGCUCUGUUCAUGGCCCUUGCACUUGAUUCUAUUGUCGCUGAGAAGUGUCUGGGAAUUUUUUUUGAGUCAAUAAGAAGAAUGGCAGAAGCCAGUGUUGCAUUGUCUCGAAUCCAGAAAUUUCUUCUGCUGGAUGAAGUUGAUAGACCAUCACUCUCUCAAGAACAGCCUCCCUCUAGACCUGUCAUUGAAGAUUGCUAUGUUGAAAUUCGAGAUCUGAGAGCAAAGUGGGAUGAGAACUGUGAGACACCCACUUUGGAUCAUGUGUCAGCCUCUGUGCGGGCAGGUGAGCUUCUAGCAGUGAUAGGUCCAGUUGGUUCAGGAAAGUCUUCACUUUUGAUGGCUGUUCUGGGAGAGUUGCCACCAUCUUCUGGUAGCAUCAACAUUGUGGGUAAAGUGGCAUAUGUUUCCCAGCAGGCCUGGAUUUUCUCGGGCAGCAUACGGCAGAACAUCAUAUUUGGUUCUAAAUAUGAUAAGGCACGUUUCGACAAGGCUGUGAAGGCUAGUGCAUUGCACAAAGAUUUAGAAAUCAUGCCCCUUGGUGACAGUACAUUGAUUGGGGAUCGUGGAGUCAGCCUGAGCGGAGGCCAAAGGGCAAGAGUCAGUCUAGCAAGAGCAUUGUACACAGAAGCUGACAUCUACCUUCUUGAUGAUCCGUUGAGUGCCGUAGAUUCAGUUGUUGGUCGCCACAUAUUUGACAGAUGCAUUUUGAGAGAGCUGCGGAAAAAACCCAGAAUACUGGUGACUCAUCAGUUGCAAUAUCUGCAGUCUGCAAAUGCCAUUCUCAUUCUAGAUGAGGGCAAAGCUGUUGGAAUGGGAACUUAUGAAGAGCUAUCCAAUUCAGGGAUUGACUUUGCAGCCCUGUUGAAGGCCAGUGAGGAGGAGGAAGAGGAAGUGCCAGCUACACCCCUAGCCCAUGGACUCCCUGCUGCCCUGGAAGCUGGUUCCCACAUGUCACUUAUCUCCAUUGGCUCCGACUUUGAGCCCGAGCCUGUGCAGUUGCCAGAAGAAGAACAGAGACAAGAAGGGACAGUUGGUUUAAAGAUUUACGUGGAAUACUUCAAGGCAGGGUCUGGGAUCAUCAAGUUCAUUGUUCUGGUCCUCAUCAACCUGGUGGCUCAGGGAACCUACAUCACGAGUGACUGGUGGCUGUCUCGGUGGUCUAAUGAUGAAGAGAUUCGCAUGGCAGCUCUAAAGCAGCAUAAUUAUUACCUGUCACUGGGUUAUAAUGAGACCAAUGUUACUGUCCCUUACAUUGAUAGUCAUCGCAAUAUCUACAUCUUCACCGGCAUUAUUGGUGGUGUUUUUAUUUUUGGGAUGAUGCGUGCUUUGCUGUUUUUCAAAAUUGCUGUUGAUGCUUCUCAGCAGCUGCACAACAACAUGUUUACUAGAAUCUUGAGAGCUCCCAUCAGCUUCUUUGAUACAAAUCCUGUUGGGCGAAUUCUCAAUCGAUUUGCAAAGGAUGUUGGACACAUGGAUGAUCUAUUGCCCAUUACCUUCUUCGAUUUUGUGCAGUGUUUCCUGUUGAUAAUUGGCAUCAUUCUGGUUGCUGGCUUUGUCAACCCAUGGGUUUUCAUUCCUACCUUACCUCUGGUGAUUCUCUUCAUGUGGAUCCGCAGAUAUUACCUGUACACUUCACGCAGCAUUAAACGUCUAGAAGGAAUUUGCCGCAGCCCAGUGUUCACCUACCUCAGUGCAUCACUGCAGGGCCUACAUACAAUACGUGCCUUUACCAUGGAAGACAAGUGUCAGCAGGAAUUUGAUGCCCACCAGGACCUGCACUCAGAGGCCUGGUUCUUGUUCUUGUCGAUCUCUCGCUGGCUGGCAGUUCGUCUAGAUUGGCUGUGUGCCUUAUUUGUAACCUCAGUCACUUUCUGCUCCGUCCUGGCAUCAGGCUCUCUAGACGCUGGCUUGGUGGGUCUUUCUAUUACUUACUCCAUGACAUUGAUGGGCAUGUUCCAGUGGGGUGUGCGGCAGAGUGCAGAGGUUGAAAAUCAGAUGAUAUCAGUUGAAAGGGUUCUUGAAUACUCUCAGCUACCUACAGAAGCACCACUAGAAUCAGACAAAAAGCCACCAGACAACUGGCCAAAUGCAGGCACCAUUGAGGCUAAUGACAUGAACCUAAGAUAUUUUCCCAACAGUCCUGAUGUUUUGAAAAAUCUCACUUUCCGUAUACGAGAAAAGGAAAAGAUUGGCAUUGUGGGAAGAACUGGAGCUGGAAAGAGUUCACUGAUUACCUGUCUGUUUCGUCUGGUAGAACCCAGAGGUCAGCUGUUGAUUGAUGGUGUUGAUGUCUGCUCUUUAGGUUUGCAUGACCUACGCAAGAACAUCUCCAUUAUCCCUCAGGAUCCAGUUCUGUUCACUGGCACACUACGUAGGAACCUGGAUCCUUUCUUUCAGCACAGGGAUGACCAGCUGUGGACUGCCCUAGAGGAGGUGCAGCUUAAGUCGGCCAUAGAAGAGCUUACUGCUGGCCUGGAAACACAGGUCUCAGAAGGUGGAGUCAACUUCAGUGUGGGGCAGCGGCAGUUAAUCUGCCUUGCUCGUGCUAUUUUGCGUCACAAUCGCAUUCUGCUCAUUGAUGAAGCUACUGCUAAUGUGGAUCCUAUAACAGACUCCUUGAUUCAAGAAACCAUACGCAGUAAGUUUCGCUACUGUACGGUGUUGACAAUUGCACACAGACUUCACACAGUCAUGGAUUCCGACAGGGUGAUGGUGUUAUCUGAUGGCUGCAUUGUACAGUUUGAAGAGCCGCAUCUGCUACUUCAACGUGAGUCAGGCCUGUUCUACAGCAUGGUGCAACAGACUGGGAAGGCAGAUUCAGAGUAUUUGUCCACCAUUGCUGCAGAUGCCUAUUUCAUGAGGCGGGGAAUCCCCAGGUCUACCAAGGAAGUAGAAAUGCCUUUGUCUCACACUGUUUCUCAAGAAGUGGCAACGAAAGUCAAAUCCCCAAACAAAGUGGCUGUAAUCAAUAACAUAAAGUUGGAUGCACCCAUAGCCUUUGCUGAGAGCUUUCACAGUCUGCUAAAUCAUGCGAGCAGGGAAGAUGACGAUGAAGAGGAGGAAGUUGAUAACACUGCUGAAGAAAGGAAGAGCAUAGAUGCUUCUGAAGAGGCUUCAACUGUUACCAGUGGGCAGAACAACAGUGCUGAGUCUGAAUCAGAUACCAGAAACAACUCAUCAGUUUCUGACUUUUCUCAGGUCGAUGACGAGUUUAUGAACAAGGGUGAUUUAGUGAAAGCUGGGUCUAAUGAUGAUAUUCUUGAAAACAGUGGGAUUGAGAUCACAGAGGAUGUUGAUGAUACUUCGCAGUGUCUGUUACCAAAGAUGGAAUCUGGUAUUGGCACAGACGUGAAUGAAGCUGUUUGGACAGCAAAGAUCACAGGGACAGCCUCUCCAAUGAUGUUAGUGAAGCUAUGGUAGAAACUUCACUGCCCAGCUCAAAGCAAGACUUGCGUAAUAUGACUAGAACCAAUGAUGGUCCCAGUGAGUUUUCUGACAAGGAAACAGCUGUAGACACAUUUUUAAAGAGUAAUAGACCUGAAGGAGAACAAAUAGAGAUGUUCUCAGAAUUAGAACCAUUGAUUAUGCCAGGUUUGGUUGACAAUAACUCAACAUCAGUCAGGAGUUGAUGAAGAAUGAAGAGGUAGUUAAGAAAAUUGUACCCACUGAUUUCCCCCAAAUUUACAAUUUUUGUAGUGAUAUCAUUCCUUUUAUCUGUCAUUUUAUGUAUAAUAAUUUCAGAUUGGCAUCAUUUAAUAGCUCAUUUAGAUUUUCUAAAAAUUGUAUAAAUGUAGGAAAUAUUUUUAUUUCAGACAGUUUUGAUUAUGAAUUCAUGAUUUUUCUUUUGAGGUCUUUCAACUGUUUGUUUAUACUUCCCAAUAAGACCUUCAUAUUAAGACUUUCCAAACUCAUUUAAAAUUCGUUUAAUUGAGAGAGAGGUCUGAAUGAAAAGAACUCACCAGUCUGCUUUAUUUUAUUGAUGUGAGAUCAAGCUCCAACAAAUUCAAUGUUUCAUUUGAAAAUGAAAUAUCUAUACUGAAUAAUAAACCUCUUAAAAUUAUCUCAUACUACAUGUAGAUAGUACAUUUAAUUUUUUUUCUGUUGGUCUGUCAUGUCUGAAUUUUUUCAUGCCUUUUUUUUUCUCCAAAGGGCUUCUUAAUCUCAGAUUGAAUUUCAAUAGUAUGUUGUAUUCCGCUGAUACAUUGGCCAUCUCUACUCUCACUCACCUGCCACCUUUCAUGAAUCUCUUGUUUCUCCAUAUUGAUAUUUUGAAACUGCAUUUUAAAAGUCAUUGCAACUUUUCUUGAGAGGAAUUUGAUUUUAUGAUUUUUGCUGUCUACUGGUUUAUCUGUAAUAUUAAAUACUCUUAUUGUUUCAUUUUUUUGUUAGUUUGAAGUCAUUGGCUUUGUUUGGUGAAGGAAUUAUGCAUAAUGAUUGCAGUGAUGGUGAAGAGAGUAGAGAUUCUUUUGUAUCAGUGGGUGUACCUACGUUCCUGAUGACUUUCUUUUGAUGAGUUUUCCCCCAUUUUUUUGUUUUUUUUUUUUUUUGUCUCUUCUUUCCCUGAAAACUCCUACCAUUCUGUGACAGUACUGAAAUCUUUAAUUGCUUUGUGUUGCUGUGGGUCACAUCUUCGAAUUAAUGUUGCUGAAGAAAGGACACCAGAAUCUGUUCAAAGUCUGCCAGCUGGUCAGCAGGCUUUUUACACAGUUGUGAAAGUGAACUGAUUGCUUGCAUAUAGGUUGCAUUGUUUGUUUUCACUAAUGUAGUUUUGUUGGUCUGGAGUUAGUGGGAAUAUAUAAGCAACUUGUGAUUGGACAGAGAUUGGAAUAUGUUAAUGUUGCAAGUGAAGUGUCAGCAAAGACUAUAAAAGUUGAGACAUUUCAUAAAAGUUAAUUUUUAAAACCUAGAAAGUAUUAACAUCUGUUAACUUUUAUCAGAUUAUUUUUUUUAAAUGCGAAUAUACUGUCACUAUUAAUUUAGAUGUAAAGACUAGUUUAAUGAAGAUCACGUAAGCAAUAAUGGACUUUGUCAUAUUUUUAUUUCAACCUCAUGAAACCUCGUGUUUUAUUUUUUUCUUCAAACAGACAAAAAUGUCUUAUUGGAAAAAUGAUUGCAGAAAGUCUACAGCAUUCCUAAUUGCAUGUCAGACUUCAAAUGGCUACUAUUUUAAGAUGUAUAUUUGGAAUUAUUCUUUCUGAUUUUUAUUCUAUUUUAUAUGUAAAUAAAACAUUUUUAACUAUAUGAUUACAGGAAUGUGAUUUUUUUUUAUAUGUUAUUUAGGACAUUAAUCUGAUCACAUUUCAAUGUUGAGCUCAGUGCAUCUACACAAUAUUUCUUGUGUGUGUGAGCACACUUCGCAGUUUAUAUCCGAUGAGCACUUUGACAAUAAAAGCAGCUUCUUCCCAAAACUGCUUUUUGUUAUGACAUGUGGCCUAAUGUUCACAAACUAAACCUCUAAUUUGUCUCUAGUUCUAAAUGUUUACCAGCAUAUAUUAUAAUUUUGGCACAUUAAAUUUCUUUGUAUUUGAAGAACUUGUAUUAUCAAUGUUAAAAAACUUUUUUUUUUUAAAGCUCACACAUAACCACUUUAACCAGUGGAGAGUAUUGUCCUGACUUGUCAACUGAUUUUUGGCUGUUCGGAAACUCUGUGAAUGCACAAAAUUAAAGAUGACAUUCUGACAGUA